AGGAAAAAGAGAAAACUUUGAAUAACAAAUCGACCAUAUGGGUUGGUAACUUGGACAGGCGACUGAGCGAGUGAGUGAACAGCUUGCCCAGACAACUAAAGCAUCUCAUAGCUUUUUCAGAAAUUACGCUAAUAUGGUGUUAGAAUUCGUUUGUAUUACCCUCUCAGCGUGUUAAAAAGCCUGAAAAAAUGCAUUCCGAAAAAGAUACAAAGCUCGAGAUUAUGACUGGUUUACAUGAGUGCUUCUUUAAUAUUUUGCCGCCAGCCUUUUUUUAGUUGCACCAGGCCUACGAAACACCUUUACCUUGCUGUCUUUAGGUUUGUUCUUUUAAGCUUAGGAUGCAUGUCUUUAUUUGUGUAUAAUAGAUAUAACCUCCUGAAAAUUCUUCAGCGGUUUGGAGAGAUCAAGAACUUUGACCUCCAUUUUCAUAAAUCUGGUGCUAGAGAGGGAGAGCCAUCUUACUGCUUUGUUGAGUUCAAAACCUUCCAGGUACGUAGAUAGUUGGAAGAGUGUUGCAUGUCAUUACAACAAUACAAGAUGAAGAGGACUAGUAUUUGAACUUUUUCUGUUUUGGUCUGGCUCUAUAAAAUUCUCUAGGAAGCAGAAAAUGCUCUGCUUGGAUUGAAUGGCAAACUAGCACUGUCCAAGCCUCUGACCGUAAACUGGGCAAGGAAAAAAACUGGAGAGGCUGUAAGUGGAAAGCAGAGUUGAUGUUAGAAUUGAGUUAUUUAAUACCUUCUUAGUAGAGGUCACUGGUAAGGAACCUCAUAAGAAUAAAGGAUUUUGUAGCUGAGUGGGCACUCAGUGAAAGCUCACAGAACUCUUUACCAUGGCAAAUUUACUUAACUCAUGGAUAUGAAAGCAAUCUUUGAAGUUAUGACUUUUAUAAAUUCACAGCCAUUUACUCAACUCAGUUCUAGACUUCAGCACCAUUGUUUUCAUCUUUUAUUUUUUUGCAGAUUUACUUACCAGUUAUUUAAAAAAACUAUGCUUUACCUGGUCUUACUUAUCUUUGUGUCUCAUUGGUAAAACAAAAGAGAGGAAUCUGGGUUAAUGUGUUGUGUUCUCCACUCUCACAGAGCCCUUUCUUUACCCUGGAGUAUACAGUGUGACUGGUUAUCAGUGGACUGUUAGGAACUUGGUGAUAUCCUGAGGAAGUUGUAAUACACCUGGUCCCACAAUAUAUGUUAGACAUAUCUAUAUUUAUUUUUAUGGUGACCUGUCAUGUCUUCAUACAGGGAAAGAAAGAGAAAGAUAAAGUUAUAGCAACCACUCCAGGCUCAUCACAAAGUUCACUAGAUAGGUGAGAGAAGAAAAACAAUUGGUGAUAUUGUAAAUUUGGUUAUCCUUAUUCUCUCCUGUUGUAAAAUUAUCAUGACUUGAAAACUGGCUAUCAGCACUUGCCAAGAACAAUAUCAAUUUUGCUGCUGCUUAAAACAACAAGGUAUACACCCUGUUAUUAAGUUGGUGAUGUUACUAAAGUAUUGCAUCUAUUAUGGUCUUAAGACACGUCUAUCCCCAUAUGUGAUUAUUACAGUUUGCAAAAUUUCAAAAUGUAACAUGGAUUUUCGAUCAACUGUUGAUAGCUUCAUGGUGUGGGCAGGUUGAUGUAAUAUUCAAAAUCUUUUUCCUUCUCUCUCCAGCUGCGACUCCAAGAUACAAGCAAUUGAGGCCAAGCUCAAACUGAUGGAAAGUGGACAUGAAAAAGAACCAUCUGGCCAAGGAAAACAUCCUCUUCUAGUCCAGAGUGAGCAAUUAAGGUCUCACCCAUACAAGAAGCAAGAAAGACACCACAGAGGAAGAGGAAGACGUGCAAGAUGACAGUGAUCCCUUUUAGACUCUCCCUGUCUUGUUAAACUCUUUAACUCCAAAGAUAUGAUUGCUAAUUCUCCCAUCUAGCCACUACACAUAUCCUUGUAAAUUAGUUACAAGAAUUUGGUGGUAUGUCAAGGUAACAACUUCCACUUAAUAAAUUUUAGUACUCUCAUCACCUGUUUGCAGGAUAGUGUACGAAUAUUGUAGGAAUAAGUUACUUAUUAAUUACUUCUGGGAGUUAAAGGUUUAAUUCCAUGUGGCUGAGAAAUAGUUAAACUUUUAACUAUAGUGAAAUGUUUUGUAAAACGUUGUACAGAGGUUGUUGGGAUCAUUUUAAAGUAUUUAACAGCUUCAAAAAAUAACUAGCUGACAUUACGGGAAUGAUGUGGAACAAGACACUGCUAUUGAAAUUCAGCUCCAAGGUAAAAAGCCUGGGGAUUCUGCAAGUGUGUAGGAUUGCUUUGAUUCACUGAUCCAGAAGUUAAAAAUUUUACUUGCAGGUGUUUUUUAGCUUACUAUUUAAUGCUUGAGUGCAUAUAAAUUAGAACCCUUUAACUACAAUACACGUAUAACAUACACAUACAAUUCAAUCUAGUAAAUAUGUAAAAAUGUAAAUAACAUGUUAUGACAAAAAUGAAAUGAGUAAUAAAUGAAAGGCGCAG